AUGUCAUUAGCUCCACAAAUAAGGAGAAUGACAGAAGACCAACAAAACAAAAUUUAUAUUGAAUUUUUACAAACAAUUCAAAAAGUAAAAAUGUCUUAUAACUCUGAUCAAAUCCAACCACAAUUUGUUCGCCCAUUAUUUAAUGAUGUUACUUUGCAAUAUUCACAUAACAAUAUCAACUCAUACCCAACAUACCCAUUAAAUGUUCACCUACCAGUCACAUCACCUUCUACAAAUAGAAACAUGCCAACAUACUACCAACCUUACAUUACUGUGCCUCAUACUUCAUAUGUGUCAACUUUUACGGCAUCAACUUCUACUAGAGAUACCAAUAUGCAACACACUCCACAUACUGUAUCUUCUGCUCCUACUCGGGAACCACCCGUUACACCAACAAAUACAACAACUUCAGAGCUUAUUAACCCAUACUAUGGAAACUACUAUCCAGAAAAUACAAAUUGA